AUGCAUGAUAUUUUCGUUACCUCGGGAUCCUCUCGAAGGCUGCCCACUUUGUUUUCGGGCUAUGGUAGGAAUCUGGAGGGGAAUGUGGCUGUAUGCCCUAAGUGAGAAUCCUAUUAAAAUCGGGAAAAAUGAGCUUUGAUUCAUGAUAAGCCCACGGCUCGCUUAGAUAGCGGUAAAUAGUGCAUAGUCGUAUUCAAUAAUGUACCCUACCGUCAGUCGCGAAAAGUAUCUGUAUAGUCUUCGCACGGAGAAUUUACGUUCAUUUACUGUGGGCUGGUUAACGAGUAAUGUGGCGUUGCGGAAUAGCGUGAUUCCCGUCGGGAAUCACCAAAAAUUGAGGACAUUAAAUAUUAUCUCAACAUUUUUAUUCAAUAGAUUAUAUCUGUUUCCUCUAUCCGUCUCGAAUUUUUACAGUUCCAUUCCAUCGUGCACGAGACUUGGACCAUCCGACGCUUUAAUUGGCAAUGAGUGGAUUUUCGUAUAUUUUACUCACGUAUUAAGUUCUUGGGCACGUAAACAAUUAGACUGUUGCCUUUAGUUUUAUGGGUGGGGUUUAUGACCUGUCUAAGUCCAGCCUUGUUUUUUUGUAGAAAAGUAAUUUUUUAUACUGCGAAGCAGUAAUUUCCAUUCUUGCGGCAUCUCCCCAAUUAGUGCCUAAGAUGCCUGUUGACUUAUACAACCUUUGCUUUUUUAUGAUCACAUCCGCAUGUGUGUGGCUUCGUCUUUUUAUGCAUAAUUGUAUGCUGGAUUAGCUCAAGAAGCGACUAGGUCUUAGCUUGCUGGAACUCAGAAAACUAUAUCAAGUUGAAACUAAGAACGGAAAGGGCUUUUCGUGGCCUUAAAAAUGGCUUAGGUGGAAGUAGAUGAAGAAAGCUAGUGUCCUUUUAAAAAUGUAAUUAAAUAAUUUUCUAAAAUUUAUUGGAUCACGUUAAACUUUAGGUAAAUCCACUGUGCUAGUAUAACUAUUUUUCAUGGUAUUCUAUUCAAGAAAUUAGUGAAUAAUCUGCGGUUUUUUUGUAGAUGAAAAAUCUGGUUAACGUGAUUCGUAUCCUAAUUCAAAAAUCGACCAAAGUUUUCUUCUUUAUGUCCUUGGAUUCCUAGUGUAGAUCCCUGUGUUACAUUUCGACUGGAAAGUCAUUGGUUUCCUCCCUUCAAUGGCAUUGUGGCCUUUAAAGUUUAUCUAUUCGUCUUGUUUAAUUUUUCAAAUUAGUUUGAUGAGAAUUGUAUUUAUUGUCAGCAAGUAACACUAAUUGCAUAUAAGAAUUUAUUUUCAUUCAAGAGAAGUAAAAUUUUCCUGUAAGUAUCAAGAUUAAUAAAUUGUUGAAAUUUACCUGAGAAGAAAUAAUUAAUGUUAUGCAACAGACACGGAGUCUUUUCAACCUGGUAUAGGAAGCAAAUCGAAGCCAUGCACCAAGUUUUUCAGGUUCUAAUCUUAACUUAUUUAAUGAAUUCAACAGAGCCUCAAUGUAACUUUACUUUUCUGUACCGAAAUAGGAAAAAUGUUAUUAGAUAUUUUUCAAUCAAUUUAAUAUUUACAGAGCUAAUGGAUUCAACGUCAAAGUUGUGAUACAGGUACUUUUGCACUAAUGAAUGUAAACAAGAUUAGAUUGAGUUAGUGGUUGACUGAGGAGUGGACUCUUUGGAUAUUAAAGCUUUCCGAGCAAAUAUCUAACUGAAAAGACUGUAACACUGGGUUUGACAAUUCUUGCAAUAACCUUAUUUGCAUUUGGGUUAUUCAUAUAUUUUAUAUCCCUUUAUGAAUUUUAGUCUCUGAUAUCCACAUUCUCUUUUCUGAUCAAUCCGUUUUAACUUUUACUGGUGAGUGGCAGCUGAUGAUGUCUUUUACCAGCCACCAUGAUGCAUUUCUAAACAGCUUAUUUGAUCAUUUUUCAAGCAUACAUGAAGUGAAUUUUUUUUGUCGUUCUGUUGACAUGUUCUUCUCUAUGAAUUUUCUUGUGGCUCUUUGUGUUUAUAUCACUACUCAUUUAUUUUAUUUUUAUCCUUUUGUAUUUUCUGUCUCAGUUGUUGUCAGUAAUUAUAAAUUAUUUUUGAUCUGAUAAUUUACCUUUUCUUGUUCACAGACUUUUUGUUCUCGUACGUUUGUCUUUUUUCUUGUUAUUAUUGUGUCAAGGUUCAGAAACAUGAAACAUUAGUGCUAGAUUCCUUACACCUACGUGGAUUAUUCCUUCACUUCAGGGAGCUAGAUUCUCUAUGUUGAAUACGGUGUUAAUUAAUGCGUGGUCAAUGUUUAAUAUUCAUUCAUGGUUUCGUCGUUUCUUCAGAAUACCAGAGCUCACGGCAUGGAGAAUAAUCCUUUUGUCCUAAUGUCGAUAGCUUAACGUCUUACAAAGACAGAUCUGAAAUGUUCUUCGUGUUUUUGGCGUUUCUUAUUUUGUGAUAUCUCAUUCAGUUUUUAUAUUAUGAGUAUUUCUUGGGAUUCUUGGUGGUUGACUUCGUUUGUUUUCUAUCAUAUAAUUACCACGGAGAAUCCCUUGUCUCGAUCAUAUUCUCAGCAUUAAAUCCAGUAAAAAUGGAAAUAUCAAGAAUGAUCUGUCAACCGCAGUGUUGAUCUGCCCAAUAAAAGCAUUAUUCCAUUUACAAACAUAGAUUUUCUUAUGUUUAGUUUUAUGAUCCUGGGGGACAACAACAACAACGACGGCCCCGUACAUUUACCUAUUAUUUUCUUCUUGAUUUGAUCCUCAGAUUCAUCGUAUUAUUCCAUUUCUCUGCAUUAUUUCUCAUGUUGUUCUUGCGGGGUUGACUGCAGCACCUCCGGCUGCCCCUUUGGGGAGGGUUGUCACUUCCUCCACUAUGUCCCUGGGGGCAUCAACGCCGUGAGCCAUAUGAGCAACCUGGGCAACCCCACUGUAAGGAGCCCCAUGGCAGCACUGUCGCACAGCGACGGCCCGCUACCGCCACCUGCCGUGAAGACCCGGAUGUGCAACAAGUACGGCACCACUGAAGGCUGCAAAUUUGGCGACAAGUGCCACUUUGCCCAUGGUGAGAGGGAGCUCGGCAUGCCCAUUUUGCCCACGCACGGCCUGGCGGGCAGCCGGUCGGGUGGUGGCGGGUGGCCCGACCCAACGCCUCCGACUGGGCAUGGUGUAGCGGCAAGCUUCGGGGCCUCCGCCACCGCCAAGAUCAGCGUGGACGCCUCCCUUGCCGGAGCAAUCAUCGGCAAGGGCGGGGUGAACACCAAGCAGAUCUGCCGGAUUACGGGGGCCAAGUUGGCCAUUCGAGAGCACGAGGCGGAUUCUACUCUGCGGAACAUCGAGCUCGAGGGGACCUUCGACCAGAUCAAGCAGGCCAGCGCGAUGGUGCGGGAGCUGAUCCUCAAUCUCACUGCCGGCACGCCGCUGCCGUCGGCAAAGGCCCAUGCUGCUGCUGCCGCCACCGGCCUGCAUUCUGCUUCCAGCAACUACAAGACGAAGAUGUGCGAGAAUUUCGGCAAGGGGUCCUGCACAUUCGGCGCCCGCUGCCAUUUUGCCCAUGGAGCUGCCGACCUCCGGAAGCCCCCCAUCUGA